CCUGUCGCCGAUUGUCCCGCGCGGGAGGACGAAGGGGGCUGCCGGCCUGUGGCCGCUCUCGCGUGGGGCGUCCCGCGCGGGGAUGUCCGCGAGGUCGGCCUAAGUCAGGGAUGCGAGCUUCGAGGAGGAGCGGGUGCGAGCUGUGGCCCCGCAAGGGCCCACGGAGGGGUGACUUUGGGGCCGAAACCCGAGUGACUUCCAGGGGUGAGGUUUGCAGGUUCUGGGGAAGCAGAGCCUGCCAGGAAGAGGGCACAGCAGAUGCGAAGGGCAGGGGACUUGCCGGAGGUGAACCGGCAGAGCCCCUGAGCCCGGGAAGAACUUUGGGGUUCAUUCGGAGCCUUGUGGGGCCUCGGAAGUUGAUCACGGGGCGAUGCAAUUUAAGUGUUUUGAAGGAGUCCUUCUGGCUGCUUCCUAGAAAGUAGGGGCGCGGGUAGGCACGGGACGAGAGGAAGCCGGGAAGCCAGUUGGGGAUCUUGUAACAACCUAGGAGAGAGAUGUGGUGUGCGCCCAGAAACGGAUGCGUUGGUAGGAAGCUGGUGCACUGGGGCAGGUGAAAGGGAAUCAAGGGUUCUCCCAGACUGCUGGCCCAGCUGCAGGAAACGGGAUGGCCACCGCUGAGAAGCGCGGAGACCCGGAGCACGUGGUGUCCAUACUAGUUAAGUCCGAGAAGAGCAGGAGGCAGGGGAAAGUUUAUAUGGACUAUAAUGCAACGACUCCCCUGGAGCCAGAAGUUAUCCAGGCCAUGACCGAGGCCAUGUGGGAAGCCUGGGGAAAUCCCAGCAGCCCGUAUUCAGCAGGAAGAAAGGCCAAGGAUAUUAUAAAUGCAGCUCGGGAAAGCCUCGCGAAGAUGAUAGGGGGGAAACCUCAAGAUAUAAUCUUCACUUCCGGGGGCACUGAGUCAAAUAAUUUAGUAAUCCAUUCUGUGGUGAAACAUUUCCACGCAAACCAGACCUCAAAGGGACCCACGGGUGGGCACCACAGCCCAGUGAAGGGGGCCGAGCCCCAUUUCAUUACUUCCUCGGUGGAGCACGACUCCGUCCGGCUGCCCCUGGAGCACCUGGUGGAAGAACAGGUGGCAGCGGUCACCUUUGUCCCGGUGUCCAAGGUGAGUGGGCAGGCAGAGGUGGACGACAUCCUCGCAGCAGUCCGCCCGACCACACGCCUCGUGACCAUCAUGCUGGCCAACAAUGAGACUGGCAUUGUCAUGCCUGUCCCUGAAAUCAGUCAGCGCAUUAAAGCCCUGAACCAGGAACGGGUGGCAGCUGGGCUGCCUCCCAUCCUCUUGCACACGGAUGCUGCACAGGCCUUGGGGAAGCAGCGCGUGGAUGUGGAGGACCUGGGCGUGGACUUCCUUACAAUCGUGGGGCACAAGUUUUAUGGUCCCAGGAUUGGCGCACUUUAUGUACGAGGACUUGGUGAAUUUACCCCUCUCUACCCUAUGCUAUUUGGAGGUGGACAAGAACGGAAUUUCAGGCCAGGGACAGAGAACACCCCAAUGAUUGCCGGCCUUGGGAAGGCCGCGGAGCUGGUGACCCAGAACUGCGAGGCUUAUGAGGCCCACAUGAGGGACGUCCGCGACUACCUGGAAGAGAGGCUGGAAGCUGAAUUCGGUCAGAAGAGAAUCCAUCUGAAUAGCCAGUUUCCAGGCACCCAGCGGCUUCCCAACACCUGCAACUUUUCCAUCCGGGGACCCCGGCUUCAAGGCCACGUGGUGCUUGCGCAGUGCCGAGUGCUGAUGGCCAGUGUGGGGGCCGCGUGCCACUCGGACCACGGGGACCAGCCGUCCCCAGUGCUGCUGAGCUACGGUAUCCCCUUCGACGUGGCCAGGAACGCGCUCCGGCUCAGUGUGGGCCGCAGCACCACCAGGGCUGAGGUGGACCUCGUCGUGCAGGACCUGAAGCAGGCCGUGGCGCAGGUGGAGGACCAGGCCGUGGCGCAGCUGGAGGACCAGGCCGUGGCGCAGCUGGAGGACCAGGCCGUGGCGCAGCUGGAGGACCAGGCCUAGCGUUGGGGCCGCCUUCCCCACCCCGCUUCUAGGAAGCCCGUGGCAGGGCACAGGGUUGUCCCUCCAGUUCCCUCCUGAGGGCUGUGCCAGGAUGACUGUCUCAUGCCCCCUCUGCAUUUUGUCCUGGAGUGCCUGCGAGUCUGCACCCCCAGUUUCCUUCCCUGGACCCCUGCAGAGCUCACAGGGCCCAGGACACCAACGCCACAUAGGAACGCCCACAUAGAACCGUCCUCCAGUGGUGAAGCGGAAACACUUCAGCUUUAUCCACCCUCCCCACUGGGAACUGGGCAAGCCUGUUGUGAGUGCCCUUUCCUGGAAGGUGUUUUUAUCUGGAAGAUAGAAUCCAAGUAUUUAUAACUCAUUGUCAGCCAAAUGCUAUCAUGAACAUAGGAAACUUGAUUUUUUUGUUUUGAUCAUGGCCUCGUACAUGCACCUUUCCAGAGUGGUCUCUUCUCAGCCCAUUUUAGUCCGUUUCCAAAGCUGCCCCCACCACCCUGCUCCUCUGGCCUCAGUGCACAGUGGCCCCCAGCCUCAGCCAGGCCUGCUCUGCUCAGCGCCCACCGCCCACCUCCCCUCCUGCUUCCCCGAGCCUGACCCUGUUCCGCCCACUGGCAAUCAGGGCUGCGUGCUUCCCCGUCCACGGUCCCCAGGCCUUCCUGUCUUGUCCCUUUUGAUCAUUAACUCAGGGUUUCAGCUCCAACCUCACUGAGUUGGUGCAGCUCCGGGUCAUUCCUGGGGUGGGAAUCGGAUCAUCCCUGACUCAGCUUUUACCUUAAUUUUAUUUGCAGAGGAUUCUGUUCUCAAAGUGCUCUGGCAUUUGGACACACAUCACAUGUCGAUAUUUGCAUAGGAGUUAUUUUCAGUGGAAUAACAUUUUUAAUGUGUGGUUUUACGGUUCAAGGAACUACAUGAUGAUUUUGAGGAAACGCUUGCCAGAAACUAAAUUAACAAAUAAAAGAUUUCAGUGCCCAA